GUACUCGUUGCAUGUGGACGCGCUCACACUCACUUGGAAUAAUUUGAAGUUCUUCAUCACUGCGACUUACAACUAGAUCGCUUCCUGUCAUCCAGGCAUCUAGACUGUGACUGCUGACCACGACAACGUAUUGAAAAGAGUUGCAGGAAUCACACAAGCUGGCAUCCGAAUAAACCCUCAGACUACCGCGAUCUCUCUCUCGAACCGAGACCAUCGUCCAAAUGGCCUCACUGCUCACUACAAUGUACGAAUUUCUGAAACCUGCUCCCUCAUACCCUCCGCAGCCCCUCAACCCUCACUUGACAUUCAAGCAAUCCUCUUCAUGUAUCACAGUCAACACCUUCACUUGUUACGGCGGCAGCGAGCCCAACUCAUCACCGUGCCCAUCGCCCUGCACGCCCUCUCGCGCCGCACAACUCCUGCGUCAAGGGUUGACUUCCUCUCCUGUAUCGCAUAUUGACUCUCCAUCAUCUAGCAAUGCCCGAACACGGGGCCAGUUCAAGCCACAGCGUACCAACAAAGGCACGACGAGUUACCAAUUACGACAGUUUGCCGAAGCGACCUUGGGAAGCGGUAGCCUGCGGAAGGCGGUCAAACUGCCAGAGGGCGAAGAUUUGAACGAAUGGCUCGCGGUCAAUGUGGUCGACUUUUACAAUCAGAUCAACCUGCUCUAUGGAUCAAUCACAGAGUUCUGCUCGCCGCAGUCCUGUCCCGAGAUGAAAGCCACAGAUGAAUUCGAAUACCUCUGGCAAGACGCCGCGACAGGCUAUCCCAAACCUACAAAGAUGCCCGCUCCAGAAUACAUUGAACACCUCAUGACGUGGGUACAAUCCAACGUCGACAAUGAAUCCACCUUCCCGUCCCGUAUCGGCGUCCCAUUCCCGAAACACUUCCCCAGCACGGUACGACAACUGUUCAAGCGACUCUACCGAGUCUACGCGCACAUCUAUUGUCACCACUACCAGGUCAUCGUGCAUUUGGGUCUCGAACCGCACUUGAACACCAGCUUCAAACAUUACGUCUUGUUCAUCGAUGAGCAUGGGCUCGAGAAGGGCGGCGGCAAAGACUACUGGGGCCCACUGGGCGAUCUGGUCGAGAGUAUGUUGAAGAGUGAUUAGGGAUUCAACUUUGGGACUUGACAAGACACAGACACGAGGACAUUGGGGACAAUGGUUACGAAACUGGGGCAAUUCUAAGUGUAUGAGAUUUGGGGGCGUCAUUGGUUUGGAGAAGGUUUCAAGGUUUCAGCAUCAAGCAGCAGCAUACAUACAUACUCUAUGCCUAUGUCUGUGGAGAUUUGUGUCGGCGAUCCGGGAGGCGUGUCUUUUCUUUGGUUCUUGACGCUGUGAAACUGGGUUAUGUUUUCUCGAGUUCGGAUGAAGACGUCGUCCGUGUCGCAUGGAUUCGGUCUCAUGGAUAGACAGAAAGAGAGCUGCUUUCCUUUCGGGCCAAAGGAAAAAACGUUUACUCCGUAAUGAUGGCGAGGAGGGCCGGGGACGCCACCUACUAGAGCUUGCUACAACAUCGUAGGUAAAUCUAAUGAUUGUAUGGCGUC